AUGCCAUGCAAUUGCUGUAAUCGACACCGCACCGACCGGCCAUCACCUUCGAGGUGCUGUCACCACCAUCGCAGGUCUAGGUCUAGGUCCAGGUCCAACUCCAAGUCCAGGUCUAAGUCCAAGUCCAGGUCCAAGUCCAAGUCCAGGUGUAGGUCCAGGUCCAGGUCUCCUUGCAGAGCCAGAUCCCCCAGCAGGGACAGACACUGGCGCAGCCCAUCACGUCGCGCAUACUCCUACACCGGAAGAGGACAAUCCGACAAGUGCAAUAACUGUGGUGAUGACUAUGACACCUGCAGGAAUGCCUGCGUGCGGCGAAUCUUCAAGGAUAUGGUGGACAACCUAGCAAGACUCCAAACAGCCAUGAACCAGGGGCAGGACAAGAGGGAGCGCAAGACUAUUCUACGCUCCGGCCCAAUCCCCGCCACUGAUUCUAAAAGACUCACUCGUCCUGCUGAUGUGCUUAAAUGUGACAGGCCUUGUGAAUGUCAUGUUGUCGCCCAGCCUACUCCGGCUCCUCAACCAGCAGCACCGGCGCCAGCCCAAUUACAAGCGCCAGCUCCAGUACAAGCCUCAGCUCCAGCCCCAGCUCCAGCACCAGAACUGGCGACCUGGACCGCUGCUCCAGUCGGCGCACAGAUGGACAAUGGCGUGGGUAUGGGCGCUCUUGACUUGAUCGAUGACUUUAACGCUGGUUUAGGUGGCGAUUUCGAAGACCUCAUGGCCGGCGGUCUCUUCAACGACCUCGCAGCGCAAUAUAAUCUCCCGACCUCGCAGCCUGCGCCUGUACCUGCGCCUGUCCAGACACAAGCUCAAACACAACCACAGUACCCAGAUAUCAUGGGAACCGCCCCGCCCCGUCCAGAGAACAGGGCCCUUCCCACAUCAACCGCCAACAUGCCGGGAACGCCCCCCGUUAGUCCAGAUAUCAGCCCCGCGGCUCCUGGCCUCGCCUGGACAGGCGAUGCCUGGCAUGGUCCUGUAUGGACUGUUACUCUGCCAACCACACCUGCGCGCCCUGGUGCUCGGCGACGACCGGUUACUCGAAGCAUGUCGAGAGCCCGGCAGUCUUCCUCUGUCUCGAGUCAUACGCUGGGCCGCACGGAUGAAGCGUCUGUUAAGGAGGAGGACACGGAAUCAGGUACGAGCAAUGGACAGGACCGGAAUGGGGGGAGAACGCCGGGGAAAGUUAUUGAUUUGGAUAAGGAUUGGACGGAUGAUCUGUUUAGUGAUGGCGAGUCUGGGUUUGAGUUUACGCCUGGGCUUCGUACGCCUGGGGAGGUUGAGUAG